AUGCGUAUCUUCACGGUGGUAACAACAUUCGCGGCUCUUCGAUCAAGCGGCGCAGCGGCGAUCAUCGACUCGCCUCUUCUCUCGCCGCUGCUUCAUCAGCGGCGAACCGUUAGGCAGUCCUCCACCCCACCAGGGCCGCCGCCUUCUCCGUCGCCACCGAGCAGCACAGUCGAUAGUCACAGCCCUGUUGCGUGUGCGAGCUCCGCCAGCGGCCAGAGCGCCGCAAAAGAGGCCCCUCCAUCGCUCGAACCCGUACUUCUGGAGCUCAGGACACUCAUCACACACUCUAUUCCGAUAGGGAAAGUGUUUCGUGCCCUGAGCCCCGCCUCCCAGAAGAUCCUCGCGGCGCAUCGUCUACCGUUGGAAGAGCUCCUGUUACACCUUCCGAACCAUUUCGUGGUGCACCGCGUCGGCAUCUCCUCCAAGAUGUCCUACAUAACCCCACAUGUGUCGCCCGCACAGCACAUGGACAGCAAAUUACAGAUAAUGCGGCUUCCACCUGGAACGAAGCCGUUGCCGGCUCUGGAGCAGUGGCUGGGGCCGCAGAAGGCCAACCAGGUGGCAACCCCGCAGCGGAGCACCGCUGGUGGGCCGCCUCCCACCGGUACAGGCAACGACUUCGUUGACGCCACCGCCACGCUCAAAGAGCGCUUGGAGGAGGUGCUGACGUACAUUCCGAAUGAGUGGGUGGCAUUCGCGGCUCUCGAGAUGCCGCGAGAGGUCAAGAUGCGGUGCAUGGGCUACCCGUAUGUCCGACCAAGCGCCUUCCUGCUCAAAUACCCACAGUUCUUCGAGGUGCGCGUGCAGGACCGCAGUGGCAACUCCUUCCUGGUGCGGCGGGCACUGUCGCUGCAGCAGCAGCUAAGCAGAACUCGGAAACCAUGA